UAAAGGCAUGACUUGCCGGCGCCGCAGGGAAAACGGGGUGCAAGCCCAGGAACUCUUUCCCCACCACCACCUGUUGAAAAACUGAUUUCGUUCCGAGGGCGUCUCCGGGUCCGGACGAACGGAAAGUUGCUAGCAUUGGAUGCUUCUCUAGUUUUGCACCGGAAAACCCUCACUGCAUAAUAUCAACGAGAGAGAGAGAGAGAGAGAGAGAAAGAGAAAGAGAGAGAGACAGAGGAAAAAAAAAAACUGGAAAUUAAGCCGAAGAGCCUUACUCAGUCAAAAUGGAACGUUUUGUAGUAACAGCCCCACCUGCUCGGAACCGUUCUAAGACUGCUCUGUAUGUGACCCCUCUGGACCGAGUCACUGAAUUUGGAGGUGAGCUUCAUGAAGAUGGGGGAAAACUCUUCUGCACUUCUUGCAAUGUGGUUCUGAAUCAUGUUCGCAAGUCUGCCAUUAGUGACCACCUCAAAUCAAAGACUCACACCAAGAGGAAGGCAGAAUUUGAAGAGCAGAAUGUGAGAAAGAAGCAGAGGCCGCUUACUGCAUCUCUUCAGUGCAACAGUACUGCGCAAACAGAGAAAGUCAGUGUUAUCCAGGACUUUGUGAAAAUGUGCCUGGAAGCCAACAUCCCCCUGGAGAAGGCUGAUCACCCAGCAGUCCGAGCAUUCCUGUCUCGACAUGUGAAGAACGGAGGAUCCAUACCUAAGUCAGACCAGCUGAGGAGAGCCUAUCUGCCUGAUGGAUAUGAGAAUGAAAAUCAGCUCCUCAACUCACAAGAUUGUUGACAAGGCAGUUAUGACCAUUGUGAUCAAGAUAAAUAAUGUGGAGUAUUAAAGUUAAUGUGUUGAUUGUGUGGUUCAUUUUUAUAUUUAUUUCAUUUAAAAUCAUGUGAUACAGAGUAGUUUUGCAAUGUGUAUAUAGUUGCAGGCAAAAGAAAAAAAAAACCUCACUGCAAAACUUAUUGCUAAUUUUAGUCAUCGAUGAUAUAAAGCAAAACUUAGCUGUAGAGUGUAUUAGGAUAUCUGAAUCCUGGUGGUUAUCUUUAAAACUGAUGGGUUUUCUCCUGAAAUGUUUGUGCAUGGAAGAACUAACUACCCUGAAUUGUAGCCCUGUUGCCAUGUAUGAUUAUUUCUUGUGAGGUUGCUUAAUUGUUUGGGUUGAGAACUAGCCUAGAAAAUUGAAGCUGCUGCCAGGCUAUGCCCAUCACAGGAACUUAAAGAAGUUUAAGUUCUCUUCAAAAUAGAAUGGAAGGCGGGAAAUCUUAGAGCUUGCGAUCUCUAGGAGAAAUAACUGUUCAAACUACAUUUUAUUUGUAUGUGAAAUAAUUGCCUAACCUUCACUUCCUCACCAUCUUCUUCACCUUUUUAAAGACUUGUACUUAGUAGCAGCUUCAAUGACCAAAAGACUAAAGUCUCUCUUAAUGUCUUUGCCAAAAGCCAUGGGGGAUUUUGCAGUGAUAAGAUUUUAGUCUCGAACUAUGAACACAAAUUUUGAACCAUAGUUUUCAUGUUAAAUACCAUCUUGGAUUUAUGCCUUGGUAUUAAAAGACUACAGGACUGAUUUUUUUUUUUUUUCAUUUAAAUAACUCUGUGGUUCAGUUUCCUCUUUUAACAGGGAAUUAGUAGUUACUUUUUGGCUGACAGCAAAUAAAAUUGCUUUCUAUACAUUAAUUUUUCCAUAAGAUUUUAUAAGAGUUUUUUUUAGGUAAAUAGACUAGAAAUGAGUUUUAGUUUGACUUUUAUUGCUUUGCCUCUGGUGAUAUAGGUUUUAAGACUUAGAUGCUAAACAGUUAGAAAAUGGGGCAAGACUUUUGUAGUACAGAUAAGCAGGAUGCUGCUUAGCUGUUGGAGUCAGAAAAAAAAUCAGUUCUGUUAAAGGUCAACCAUGUUUAGGUUCUCUGAACUUUACUGUUCUGUAAGCUUAUUAGAAGUAAUUUAGCUCAGAUAAGUCCUCUUCAUCAGAUCCAAAUUAUAUUUUUUAAAAGUUUAGUAACUGAGACUUAGUUAGAGCUUUAAUAUAAAAAUAAAAAAAUCACAUAGUUGAAAACAUUGAAGUUAUAUUUCUAUUGUAAAUCAGUGGCAAGAUGCCCUGUGUGACUUGGAGUUAUCUUUCAGGUCAUUGUGCCGCAAAUUUCCAUUAGACAAAAAGCCAAAGUUAGUAAAAAAAUAUAUAUAUAUAUAUAAUUUGUGGGUUUAGUUUUUGGUUUGGGUUUUUUUCUUUUUGAGACAGGGUCUUUCUACCUAGACCUGGCUGUCCUGGAACUCAUAUGCAGACCAGGCUAGCAUUGAACUCACAGAAAUCCACCUGCCUCUUUCCCUCUGGGAUUCAAGGCGUGUAUCACCACGCCCAGCAAUAACUUGUGUUUUUAAGAACAGCUUGUCUUAAGGGUCUUUUGUAGAUUUAACAUCCCCAAUUCAGGUUGUCAAAGUGACCACUUGCUUCUUUCUAUUUUAAAAGCCUGCUAUGGAAGAAAAAAAAUCAGUUCUCAAAAUUUGUAGUUUCCAUUUUCUAAUGUUUGGUUAGAUUCAUGUAGCACAUAAAUGCCUAGACUAAUUGUUUACUAACUGUAGUCGGUAAAACGCACAGAUCAGCAGAGUAUAAACAGUGUAUUGCUUCUACUUCCUCAAAGAAAGAAUUUGCAGGCAACCAUGUUUAAAUUGUCUUACGAUGAUAGGACAUCUAAGCAACUAAAGAAAUAAUUGAGUUUUGUACCCCUAUUUUCAGAAUAAAACCAAUCAUUCUAAUUUUUUAGGAUUCCAUGUGAUUUGGACUAUUCCCUAUUGUCUGGGACUAUGCACUAUCAGUAAACAUGGCAGAAGAGCUUCUAGUAAUCUAGUAACAUGUUUGAUGUUGCACUAGGAAAACAAUUCACCUUUGCCUUUCUUGCAGUUAUUACUGACUUCACAGUCACUUAGUUCCUCUAGAACUGCUUUUCCAAGCUUGCAACUAUUCUUACUUUUUUUUUUUUUUUUUUUUUUUUUUUGCAUUUUAGGGGCAUAGUUCAUUCUGUUAGGGUUGUAUCAUGUCCUUAGAAUGAGUUUUCCAUUCUCUUGGGGGAAAGUUUCUUCACUGAUUAUGAAAGUUUGUUUCUUGGAACUGGUUAAAUUUGUCUCAUAAAUAAUAAAAGUGGUUAUAGUAGCCUGCUGAAACUAGUAAAGAUUUGCAAAACUAUGAUUGGCAUGUUAGAUAACAAAUGAGACUGUCUAAGGCAUGUGCUACUUGGGAGGCAAAGUGAUCGUGUGUACAGAAGCUUUCAAUCUUAGUUAUAUAAUAGUAGUAUUGAUGCUAUACUAUUGGACCAAUAGCCGCUCUUUUUUAUAAGUUGGAUGCAUUAUUACAAGCUUUGUAAUGUUUCAUUUAUAAACUGCCUUCAACACAUGCUUACCUGUUAAUGUUUUCUCAGAGUAUUGUAUGUCUUCCGGAACCUCACCUCACUAUAUCCUGACAGUAAAUAGUUCUAGCUUGUUGAAUUUUCUGUUGGUUUCUUUUUCAUUAUCUGUGGCAUAUAGCAAGCCUGAAAGAAAUUGUAAUCAGUUUUUAAAGAGUGAGAAAUUAGAAAGAUUGUGUAUGAGAGCCUAUAUAGUUAUUUUAUCCAUUAUCUCUAAGGCUUUCAAAUAUUAUUUAGUAAAUGCUACUUCCAGUUAAUUGCCUGUGGCCCUACUGAAUUUUAAGGGACCAGAAAACUUUCAACAAGUUUUACAUCUUACUAUGUAAACAGUUAAGUGUCUGCUUGGGAAUGUUCUGAAGUUGGACAUACAGUUGGCAAGGUUUCCAAGCUAAAACUUUGGCCUGAAAAGAAUUUGUACAUGAAUGUUAGCAAAUACAUAAAAGCAAAUUCAAUUUAAGAUGACCUAAAGCAAAGACUAGAGACAAGUUUUCAUUUGGUUCUUAGUCUUUGUAAGGGCUUUCUGUGUUUGACUUACCUCAACUGCCAUUAAUGAGGACAGAUCACCUUAAAAUAAUUGAUUCACGUGGAAGGUUAGUCCUAUAGUUUCCAAAUAGAAUACUUUGGCUUUUGGUCAGCAGGGAUGAAAAUGAGAAGUGGCUAUCUUAAACCUUGGAUGAUCUCAACCCAUAUUCAAAGAUCGCUGAGGUAACUCCGGUCCUUACCUAGUGCUAUUCUACUUGUAUCCAGAAUACUGUAUUAAAAUUUUACUAUGUUAA